AUGUACAGAAGGCUUGCAUUUAACGGCGCCGUCGUUGGAGCAGUUGGUUUGGAUUUUGACCUCGAAAAAGAGCCAUUUGCUUGUCUUCGGAUGGCAGCCCUUAUUUGUCACCAUGUUGAUGCUAAUGCCCAUGAUGAUACAGAUGUCGAGGUAGAAGUGAAUCGCGAAGAAACAGACACACAAGAGUGGCAUCAGCGAAAAUGGUGGCACACUAACGGACGCCUUACUGCUAAAGACGUUGGCCAGAACUGA